AUGUUACUACGUCUUUUGCAAUUUUGUCUCCUUGUUUCUUACUCUAUGAGCGAACGAACUAAGUACACAUUCCAAGUGGCUGGAUACAUACUAGAGAAUGGAAAGAAUGUAACGUGGACUGACGAGAUGAAAGAUCCAAAAAAUACUGACGUUCGGGAAAUAAGAGAAAAUAUAUGUGAAAGGAUUACAAGAGCAGUUGAACGUCUAUCAAACGUACCAAAAUACAAGGUGAAAUGCAGUCAGGUGGAGAUAUCCGGUAGGCCAUUCCGCGGAAGAUUGGAACUUUUAUUCCAAUUGAACAACCAACUUGUGGAUUUUGACUAUCUUAACAAAACACACGCAAUAUUGGAGAAGGAGAUUAAAAGGAUUACGUUGCAGAACUCGAAGGAGAAUGGUUUGGUUCUUGGAGGCAUGCAAACAAAAUGGAUCAAUUUUGGAGCGAUUUACGAUUUGGUUGCAAUUUAUACCGUUGGGGUAUUCGACAACGGUCAACUCACUGAAUGGGUGGAUUCAUAUAAUGCCCCGGAAAAACUGAAGGCGCUGGAGAAGAGUAUUUGUCUAAAAAUUAUGGCAUGGGUGGAGAAGGAACCGCAAGUGAAAAAUACCAAUGUCAAAUGUAAUUUGUUUCCACCGUCUCCAAGACACGUGUUUGCUUCAUACGAGGCAACGUUUAACAAAGCAGGAAAACAUAUACCGUCAUUGGUUCAGGCGAUUGAAAUUUUUCGGGCGACUCCGGCGACAGAACCAAGCCGCUAUGAUAUUGAUGAUGGAUCUGCAAUCUUUGGUGGAUACAGCUUAACGAAAAAAUUAUGCAACUAUUCUGUAUCCAUGUACACAUAUUCUCAACAAAUAAUUAUAUUUGGUGUUCUUGCAGGUUUGAGUACAUAUUAA